UUAGCCUCUUCUCCUAAUCUCCAUCCUUCCCUCCUCUUCGAUGCCGGAAAAAUUCUUACAGCAAACUAAAACCUCCACUACGCCCAACUUUUCCUUCUCAGAACACUAGUUCUCGGCUGCAGAAAGUAAAAACUUCAAUCUUUUUUAGGUUCUUCGCCAUUUGGACAGUGGAAGGACUCAUGAAGGGCUUCUUGCGACCUCUAAGCAGGCUGGGAGGUGUUAGAGACUAUGCAGCACCGUUUAGCAGAUCGAAGCUGCGACUUGAAGGAGUUAAGGAUGUUAUUGCUAUUGCUUCUGGUAAAGGCGGCGUCGGCAAGUCUACUACUGCCGUUAAUUUGGCUGUUGCACUUGCUAACAAGUGCCAACUGAAGGUGGGCUUGCUUGAUGCUGAUGUUUAUGGACCAUCUGUUCCUACAAUGAUGAAGAUCAAUCAAAAACCAGAUGUCACUAAAGAUACAAAAAUGAUACCAAUUGAAAACUAUGGAGUUAAGUGUAUGUCAAUGGGAUUUCUUGUAGAGAAAGAUGCCCCUAUUGUAUGGAGAGGUCCUAUGGUGAUGAGUGCUCUUGAGAAAAUGCUGAGAGGAGUUGAGUGGGGAAAUCUUGACAUUCUUGUGGUAGAUAUGCCCCCUGGCACUGGAGAUGCUCAGAUAACUAUGAGUCAAAAUCUACAAUUAUCAGGUGCUCUUAUUGUCUCAACUCCACAAGAUGUUGCAUUAAUAGAUGCUCGUAGAGGAGUUAAAAUGUUCUCUAAAGUUCAAGUUCCUAUUCUGGGAUUUAUAGAGAACAUGAGUUGCUUCAAGUGUCCACAUUGUGGUGAGCCUUCAUUUAUUUUUGGGGAAGGAGGAACCCAAAAGACUGCUGCUUCUAUGGGUUAUAAUUUUAUUGGUGAGAUACCAUUGGAAGUGGAUAUCAGGAAGGGUUCUGAUGAAGGUGUCCCUAUAACAAUAUCAUCACCUGAUUCUGUAGUCUCCAAAGCAUAUAGUGAUGCAGCACAGAAUGUUGUCAAGAGACUUGAGGAAUUGGCAAAGGAACAAGCUCUUCAACCAGAGAUUAAUCUAUGAAAUUCUGCUGCCAUGCAAAUGUUGCAAUGACUACCGCUUCGCAAACUUCCUGCUUUAUAGUGGAUGUGGAGUACAAAUUGUUGGUUGGAAAAGAGGAAACUGGAAUCUGCAGGCAGGACAUAGACCCUUCAAAGUUUUACGGGAUUUGAAUUCUCUUAUUCAUCCACUUUCAAGCUUCAAGCAUCUGAAACCCGCCUGCGGAAUAGUCGAUGCAAGCUAAUUGUCCUGAAAUCUGAAUUAUGUUCACGGAUAUGUUACUUUUCCUCAUGAGAUUUUUCUGUUUGAAUCAAGGAAGAAAGUUAGAAUUGAUUUUUGUUUUUGUGCUCUUUUUUUUUUUUUUUUUUCAAAAUUCAAAAUUUCCUUAUCCUGUGCUUGGUUGUACAAAUCCAAAACUGGCAAUUUUAGAUUAUUUAGACUACUUGUUAAUGUUAACAAUUCCUUUUUUUUUUAA